AUGGACUUCAAGGACGUGGGGGCGAACGGCGCAGCAGCAGUGCAGUGUCUCAACGACAUGGUCACCAUCGCCCUCUCGCACGCGCCUCACUGCCUCUGCUUCCUCGCUCAAGUGCAUGACGCCCAAAUCUUCAGAUUCUGGGCCAUUCCCCAGAUUAUGGCCAUGGCCACACUCACGCUCUGCUACAACAACAUCCAAGUCUUUCAAAAGGAGGUCAAGCCCAGGCUCGGUACGCUCCAAUAA